AUGAGCAUUGGGAGGACAACACUAGAUGUAUGGCAACAAUGGCAAGAUGUUCAUAAACAACCAUCAUCAUCGGUUGUGCAAUACAGACAAAAUAGAGUGCAAGGUAACAACUCGGUUUGGGAGAAACCGAGCGAGAUGUGGUUGAAGUGCAAUGUGGAUGUCGCGCUCCAUGAUCUCAACCAUAUUACAUCUUUUGCGUGUUGUGUUAGAGACUCCCAUGAGCAAUUUGUUCGGGCUCAAACGAAAUGGAAGCGAGCAAAUAUGACAGUAUUGGAGGGGGAGGCAGUAGCCUUACUCGAGGCCCUUCACUUUGUUGUUGCGAACACAUGGAACCGGGUUAUUUUCGAGUCCGAUUCAUCUACUCUAGUGCAAGCUCUAUCGUCUUCGGACCAUGGUGAUUCAGAAUUCUAUGCUAUUGUUUCUAGUAUUAUUGAUCAGUUAUCUUAA